AUCUUCCUUCGGUCUCCUUCAUUUACUUUCAUGCUCUGUUUCUCAUGAUCGAUCACUCAGCAAUGUCUAGCUCCAGAAAGCAGCUUCUUUUCAGCUCCGUGUCCAUCGACCUAGGCUGCAGCAACUGCAGGAGACCCAAGAUUUCUCACAUACUCCAUCCCAAGCCGAAGCCUCGCAAGCCCACUAACCAAAAGCUCCGACUCCGCCCCUAUUCUUCUUCAAGCUCCUGGGACAACGAUGACACCGCCGCCACAUUCUCUCCUUACGGCAGCUCUUCGCAGUUUUCCAAUGGCGAAAGCAGCGGGAGGGCGCCGAAGACCGUGAGGGGUUUGGGCAGGGUGGGAGGCGAAGGCGUGGCGGUGGAGAAAGAUUCCAACGACCCUUAUUUGGACUUCAGGCACUCCAUGCUCCAAAUGAUACUGGAGAACGAGAUUUACUCCAAGGAUGAUCUUAGAGAGCUUCUGAGAUGCUUUCUUCUUCUCAAUUCGCCGUGCCACCACGGGGUUAUCGUCAAGGCUUUCACUGAGAUCUGGAAUGGGGCGCGUUCUGUGAAGCCCAACUCACCCAUGUUUCACUUUUCUCGCAAGCCUCGUGAGUUCUAAGUUGCCCACGUGGUCACUAGUUUGGACAAAUCUUUGCUCUGUCGACUCAUCAGGAGAUUUCCAUUACGCGUGCUUGUGUCAUCCAACUGUACAAAGAAGCCUUAAUAUUUUUCACUUUUUGAUGUUAGCUAGAGUAACUUUCUUCAUCAUUUCUGAUGAGGAACCAUGGUAGAAUUUUAUUGAAUAUAUUUAUGGGCUUACAUUAUGAAUUCAUUCUGAGAAUUAGCUAGCGCUGCAGAGAAACCGAAUUCUGGUCCCAUACAUGGCCAGAAGGUUUUGAACGGCAGGGAUAUGGUGGAAAAAAUAUAGGCAUCGGGAUUUGAUCGACUUACAAUAAUUAGAAUGGUCUGAA